CAAACAUGUAUAUAUAACUUCAUGUCAAAGUCAUUCUAUCAAACACAAACUUAACGCGGCCUUGUCUCAGUUGUCUGCAAAUAUAUACGGAGUAUGUACUUAGUAUGGAGUAUAUUUAACUUGAUCUAUGUUAUAAACAAUAGAUAUACUUCGUAUAUCAUCUAUAUAUACUCGAUCAUAAAUAGAUUUUAUUAAUUCACUUUUCAUUUCUUUGAAUUGAAUGAGGUCGAGAGAAGUACGUACCACAUUACUACGUAAGUGCAAUAAUCAUGGAGACAAAGAUCCUAAGAUGCUUUUCAACUAAGAAAUUUAUGAAAGUUGUCAUCCUUGUGUUCUUACUCAUCACUGCCAUGUUUACGGCGGUGUUGGCGAAGGGUACUUCAGCCUCUGAAGGUGGCCGAGGUUGGUCAGGUGGCCGAGGCAGCCGAGGCGGACGAGGUAGCCGCUCUGCUAGAAGAAGUCCUACAUGUGGUGGCGCUGCUGGAAAAAGUUGUACACAUACAUAUGGCGGAUAUAUUGGCCAUCAUCAUCAUUCGGGAGUUUCAUCUAUUUCCACUCUGACAUGGAAUCCAAAGUUUGGGCUCCAACUUCACGUCAUCAUCUUUAAUACGUUUAUCAUACUUUUCCUAGCUUAAUAUGAUGAUUCUUUAAGCUAGUGUGUUUAUAUAUGUGUGUAUUUCAUCUGGGGAUAUGCAUUCGAUUAAUUCAGGAGAUUGCUCUUUAAGUAUGAUAGAGUACUUAAUAAUGUUCGAUCACAACCUUCAUUUUAUUUACUAAUUCCG